UUCGUACCACUACGCGGAAAGCCAGCGAAGGGUUCGCGUUGGUGGGGAAGAAGUGUAAGAAGCGGCUGCUUCCACUUCGAUUUACUCCCUUUCGAUUCCUUGAUUCCUCAAGCAAUCCUUCUCGUUUUGCUUCUUUCUCCUUCCCUCUCUUGAUCUAAUCGAGAUUUUCGUGGAUUCGAGCUGUUUAAGGUAAUGCGGCUCGCGUUUUGAGGUUUGUUUGAAGCCGCGAUCUUGAGCAGGUGGAGUCGUGACUCGUCUUGGAGGCGGCUGCGGAACGGACGGAGAUGGUGCCUCUGGCAGUUCUGUUGAGGAGGGAGACUUCGAGCGAGAAGAUGGAGAGGCCGGACGUGUUGCAUGGUCAGGCCAGCCAGAGUAAGAAAGGGGAGGACUUUACCCUCAUUAAGACAGCUCUCCAACGCGAUCCGGGUGAUUCUGACGCCACAUUCUCGGUCUUUGCGCUAUUUGACGGUCAUAAUGGUUCUGGAGCUGCUAUAUACACAAAAGAAAAACUUUUGGAUAAUAUAUUGGGUGCAAUUCCUUCAGAUCUUAAUAGGGAUGAGUGGUUAGCUGCUCUACCACGAGCUUUGGUCGCAGGAUUUGUAAAAACAGAUAAACAAUUUCAAAAUAUAGCUCUUACUUCAGGAACUACUGUCACAUUUGUCAUAAUAGACGGAUGGGUAGUAACUGUAGCAUCAGUUGGUGAUUCAAGAUGCAUUCUUGAAUCUGCCGAAGGUUCUGUGCUUUAUUUAUCAGCAGAUCACCGUCUAGAAGUCAAUGCAGAGGAGGUUGAUCGCAUAAUAGCAAGUGGAGGCGAGGUUGGGAGAUUGAAUAUAGUUGGAGGCGCAGAGAUCGGUCCUCUCAGGUGUUGGCCAGGUGGUUUAUGUUUAUCGAGAUCGAUUGGUGAUAAGGAUGUAGGUGAACUUAUUGUUCCUGUACCUCAUGUUAAGCAAGUGAAGCUCUCAAAUGCUGGAGAUCGACUUAUUAUCGCAAGUGAUGGUGUUUGGGAUGCUUUGACUCCUCAAAUGGCAUUGAAUUGCUCGCGUGGCCUGCCGGCAGAUGUCGCAGCCCAUCAAAUUGUCAAGGAAGCCGUGCAAGUGGAAGGACUCAAAGAUGAUACUACUUGCAUUGUGAUCGAUAUAUUACCACCAGAGAAAAUAACUCCUACUGCACCACCAACCAAGAAACAAGGAAUGCGUGUACUCAAACAAAUGUUCAGGCGGAAGUCUUCCGAGUUAUCAUCUAAUUCUGAUAGGAACUUUGUGGAGCCAGAUGUUGUGGAGGAAAUAUUCGAAGGAGAGUCUGCACUGCUCUCCCAAAGGUUGAACGCAGCGUAUCCAAUCCACAACCUGUUCAAGCUUUACAUAUGUGCAAUAUGCCAGAUCAAGAUGAAACCUGAUGAGAGCUUUUCUGUCAAUGGAAAUUCACAUCAGUCUGGAAGACUGCAACCCUGGGAUGGUCCAUUUAUUUGCCGAAGUUGUCAAGAGAAAAAGGAAGCAAUGGAAGGAAGACGACCUUCAAGAGAUUCUUCUUUUCGAAAAAGUUCAGGAAGUGAGUAGGCCUGUGAAAUAUCAUUAGUUUAGAACUGAAGAAUUCAUGCACAUGAAGCGACAGUGAGGAUAUAUUUCCUGCAUUCACUGGCCAUCAUCAAGCUAUGCUCUUGCAGAGAUAAGAAUGGAAGGUUUUUAAUCCUUGAACUAAAAAACUGUAUUUAGUUGAGCAUCUCCUCACAAAUUAUAGAAGACUUAAACAAACUGAUCUUUCUGCUUAAAAUCUCUUCAAAGUUCCUGACCCAAUUAUUUCUAGAUUUGUACAUAACAUUAAGAGAAAAUUAGAGUGAUCACUCGCAUUUCUACCAAUUUAUAUAUACACUGGGCGAUUGUAGAACUUCCCUCCUAAUUGCUUAUUGUCACAUAAGAUUAUGCUCUCAUCAAAUGAUUGGAGAAAUUGAUUAAUUGGGUGUAUUACUGUUUAAUGUGAUACUAAUCUAUGAUAUGUUCUUGGAAUA